AUGCUGGAGGAACAGGACACCAAGCAACUCGGCAACCUGUUGCGGCAGGCCAGCACCUUGAUGGAGAUCGACUUUUUGGCGGAUGAGGUGGAGGUGGAACAGGAUGGCAAGUGGAAGGGAGUGCUGUACGGCUUUCGUCCCACGGCGAUUGCGGUUCUCUCCAUGUUCGUCGUGACAGUGACCUUCAACACCAGAUGGGUAUGGGAUGACUCCAUGGGUUUCUACAAGCUGGACCCCAGGCGUGCAGUGGAGGGCUCCGAUCUGCUACCUGGCGCUGGUGGUCUACUUGUAACGCGAUUUGUGAGUUUCUUGCUGAGUUUUGGUGCAUGCGCCAAAGCUGUCAUCCGCUACCGUCAUGCAAACGAGGAAGAGAAGGUCAUCCCCCUGUUCUUCGGCGGCUUCGAAGUUCUCAUGGUGUUUUGCACGUUGUGGACUUGGGUGUGGAAAGCUUUGUAUUUCGGCUGGGUGACCAGCCUGAGCACCAUGUAUUACUUUGUCGGCAUCGUGCCUUCUUGGGUGCUUGCAUCGCCCACGUGGGUCGCAUUCGACAUCGCAUUUGGCGUUUCCUGGCUUGUCUUUUGGGCAGUAUGGGUUUUCCUCAUUCCGGCUGCUUGGUUGGCUGGGAAGCAGGAGGCACUUCGCGAACUGUUAUCCCCAUUCCAGUUGUAUUUGCACAACGUAAAUGUGGCGCUUGUGACGACGGAGGCCUUGCUGAAUCAGUUUCCACUGAUUCCUUACCACUUCAUCUUUCCCCUGUACUUUGGCUUCGCAUAUGUUGUCUGGAACUGGUGGCUGUACGAGAAGAUCCACGUCUGGAUAUAUUUCUUUCUGGACUACAACAGGCGCGGUGAUGUUGCAGCUUCCCAGAAGGAGCAAUACUCUGAGCUUGGUCUAUACCUCUAA